GCCAACGGCCUGCAGGACAACAUGCCCAAGUUCUAUUGUGACUACUGCGAUACAUACCUCACCCAUGAUUCUCCAUCUGUGAGAAAGACACACUGCAGUGGUAGGAAACACAAAGAGAAUGUGAAAGACUACUAUCAGAAAUGGAUGGAAGAGCAGGCUCAGAGCCUGAUUGACAAAACAACCGCAGCUUUUCAGCAAGGAAAGAUCCCUCCUACUCCAUUCUCUGCUCCUCUUCCUGCAGGGGCAAUGAUCCCACCUCCCCCCAGUCUUCCGGGUCCUCCUCGCCCUGGUAUGAUGCCAGCACCCCAUAUGGGGGGCCCUCCCAUGAUGCCAAUGAUGGGUCCUCCUCCUCCUGGGAUGAUGCCAGUGGGACCUGCUCCUGGAAUGAGGCCACCUAUGGGAGGGCACAUGCCAAUGAUGCCUGGGCCCCCAAUGAUGAGACCUCCCGCCCGUCCCAUGAUGGUGCCCACUCGGCCAGGAAUGACUCGACCAGACAGAUAAGGAGAGAGGGGAACCUCUUUCUAUCAAUUUUAUUUUACUUGUUCUACUUCACCAGGAGA